AUGUCGAGCGACGCCACGGCGACGGCGGACGCGCGAGACGCCGCGUUGAGGAAUUUGUUCGGAUCCGAUUCCGACGACGACGCGGAUGACGGCGGCGGGACCACGGGGGAUGGCGACGCGAACGAUCGAAUGGGGCGGACGACGAAGGACGGGGCGAGGACGAUGACGGGACGAUCGGGGGUGGGGGCCGUCGUGGCGCGCGAUCGGGGCGAUGGGGAACGGGCGCGGGGUCGGGAUGGAGACGGGAUGGGCGACGAGGAGUACGUCGCGCCGAGGACGGCGGAGGACGACGCGUUCAUCGACGACGACGGCGCGGCGAAGGAUGAUUGGGCGAAGAUGAGCGACGAUGAAGAGGGGGUGGGACGGUACGCGAGCGAGGCGGAGGAGAGCGAGGACGAGCUGGAGAAGCUCUUCGCGCCCGGGGGGAAGGGGAAGCGCAGACGAAAAGAUGAAGAGGUGGCGCGGAUGGAGGUGUUGGACUUUUUAUCAAAGAUGGAGAUCGCGGUCGAGGAGGACGCGCGGGCGUACGCGGGUGGUAAACCGGCGGUGAAGAAGCUGAAGCUCUUGCCCGAGGUUGAGAACAAGUUGCGACACGUCGAGCUUCACGAGGCUUUCCUGCGACACGGUUUGCUGAACGUCCUGCACGCGUGGUUGAAUUUACUCCCCGACGGGAACUUGCCGAAUUUAACCAUUCGCACGAGCCUGAUCAAGCUCAUCGAGCAGCUUCCCGUGUCGACGGAUCAACACGACCGCAAGGAGGAGCUCAAGCGUUCGGGACUGGGCCGCAUCAUUCUCUUCCUGUCCACGCUUCCCGAGGAAACGCCCAAGAAUAGGGCGACGUGCAAGAAGCUUGUGGAGAAGUGGUCCCGCCCGGUGUACGAGCUCUCGUCGCACUAUGGCGAUAUUCACGUCGGCAGAGAGGUUGCAAACGACGCGGGCGACCGCAAGCCGAAGAGGCCAAAGGCGAGCGCGGUGAGUCAGCAGGCGGACGUCGCGCACGCCGACGACGCGGCGGACGAGCCAAAAUACGGCGAACCUGGAUAUCGCCAUCACGCCAUGGUUCCAGAGCGAUCGACCACGACCUACCUGAAGCAACCGCGCCUGGAGAUCGACCCGAGCGAGAUCAAGGCGCGCGGCCAAACCGCUGAGCAGCGUCGGGUCCGCCACCUCGUCGGCAAGGUCACAAAGGCGAGGAAGAAGGGUGGACAGGCCCACCUCCCGAGCGUCGAAGGUCGCGGCCUCGUCGGUUUCCAGGGAUAG